GUUUUCUGCAAAUAUGUACGUCGAUCAUUAUCAAUUUUUGCAGCCUAUGCUAUUCUGUGCUUGUUCGAUUGACAGCCGUAAUUACGGUUUAUGUCAUACGUCAGAUAUCUACGACACCAUUGCUUUAAAUUAACCACCAAUAUUAAAUUUUCGGGUAUUUUAAGUCCGCUAUAAAUUUGUUAUACUCGUGAUCAUUUUGCUCGAAAUUCAAGAUUUUCGAUAUUAUCUCUUCGAUACACAAUGUUUGACUGUGUACUACUUACUCUAAUUCACAUAAUUAACGUUGCUCGAAUUACUGUAUUUUGAUCAUAUUUUGAUAGCGGGUAUCGCUCGUGUUCACGUGUUGUUUGGAGUAAACGAUGACGAAUUAUGAGCAGUUAUCGCAAGGUGAUUAGCGAUAGGAAAGGACACGCGAUAACAUUAUUGACGGAUACACGGUUUGCCGCCAAAUUCACGCCUCAUUCGACAUUACGCCGAUACAGUUGUGACUGUUGUGGAUACCGGUGGAAAAUGGAAUAAAUACGUGAUCGGCAAUAGACCACGGAUUAGGCAUUUGUGCAGCCUCCAGAUAAUUGUGCAUUAUCGGCACGCAGUUCGACAACCCUGUCAGUAAAUUGUUCCAGUUGGCAAUAUUUACGAGUACAUCGGUUUGCUUAUAAACAUCACGUGGAAGGAAAUCUAUGCGGAUUUUCUGCCAUCUCAGCGCUGACAAGAACGGUUUCUGCAGUUCUGACGGCUGCAAAGAAUUUCAGUGUAUAUGCGUUUACAUCGGAAAGCAACGGCAACGCUACUGUACGCUUAUAACACUAUCGAACGCAUCGGUGAAAAUAAGGAUCUAAGUGCCAGCGGGGACGAAACGCUAGGGUAGCUCAUCUGCCUGAUCAUGCCAGUUGCCAAGGCGACAACUUCCGCCGACGGAGCGGAGAUGCUUCCGGCGGAUGUGAUGCGAUGCGCAUACUGUGGUUUGGACGACGCACAAUACCUGACAUUCUGCGAAGCGGAAAACUGCCAAAAAUGGUUUUGCAAUGGCAGCAGCGAUUUUAGCAAAAAGGCAUAUAAGCCGUACAGUCACAUCGUCGCCCACUGCACCAAAGCCAAACAUACCGCAGUUUCGGUGUUUAGCGGCAUCCCGGAGGGGACUUCCAAACGUAAACGUCAGUCUAUGAAAUUUAUUUUCGAUCACUGCACCUACAAGCCGAAGUGCUCCAGUACCAAAUGCCGUUCACGCAACAUUCUGGACCUCGGCGUGGAGGAUACAGCACAUCCGUUCGAUCCCGAGAAAAUAUGCUGCCGGAAGGAUGCGGUCCGUGCUCAUAAAGUGGGGAGGAAGUUGUGGCACACGUUGGUGGCGGCCCACCCCGAAACCGGGGUUACUCAGUCGGUGGAAGAACCGUUUUUCAUCCGCUUAGCGUCGUGGCUGGUACCGGCUGUUCCGAAAAAGAUCAUGCGGAAACACUCUAAAGGGGCUUUGAAAAAAUGGGGUCUGGAGCGUUUGGAUCGCGAUUCUAUCGGUUUCUUGGAGGAAUUUUGGCGGUGGAAGCCGGAUGGAACAAAAGAAGAGUUUCUUAACUGGAAGAUGACUAUUGACAGUUACUACGAAACUCGCAGGAUGCAAUUUACUGACGAGGGAGAUUAUUCCAAGUACUGGGAUGAACUGGUGGCUGAAAUAGCCCGCCAAGAAAUGGGCACGGUGGAGUCCUUGCCACCCAUUCGCAUUCCGGAGGGACAAGAAGCCAAAUGGUUGAACGGUUCCGACAUCAUCCUGACCGUUCCCUAUGGAAUGUUUACGGAUUUUCUGGAGAGGGGACGUCCAGUGAUGGUGGCCUGGGUGGUAAUGAGUAACGGCGAAGAAAAGACGAUGUGGUACCGGGAUGCCACCAUUUCCUGGAUGAAACCAGGCGACAACGGUUCGACUAUGAUGCUGCAUUGCUUCAAGGAAGUCGCUCGCGAUGACUAUCGCGAGAAGCGCAAUCUGCAGAUACGAAUUGUCUAUAAUGAUAUCAAUUUCUGGCGCAUGCAUCAGGCGCUGUACAAAAUUGAGCAUGAUCCGAAAUGUAUGUCCAGGGAAAUUCUGUACGCAUUGUUGGGGUGUAAGAUGGAAGCGCAGGAACUGCCGGAGGAAAGUGCGAGCGAAGCCGGCGAAUCUAUGAGUUGUGAAAUGCUGGGAAGUUCUGACGAGUCCCAUGAUGAAGAAAUUCAGGUGGAAAAUUUUCAGCCUGUCGUGAAACGCUUUCCACGCACGAUGAUACGGUCUAAUUUGCGGUUGAUGGCACCACAACCGUUUUUCGCUGAGUACACCGUGAACGGGUACCAGCACGAUUUCCGCCGUUUUACGUUCCAGAACAUGAGACUGCCGGAAUGCCUGAAUAAAGGUCAACGCCAAGCCGUCAGGAUGGCACUACUGAACACAGUCUGCUUGAUUCAAGGCCCACCGGGGACCGGGAAAACGCAGACGGCAGCGGUGAUUGUGGCCAAUUUGGUUAAGGAUCCGGAGGGGAAGAUCUUGGUGUGCGCCCCCAGCAAUGUGGCCAUCGACCAUCUGACCCUUAAGCUGAUCGAAGCCAGCAAGGAUUUCAAGAUUCUGCGGUUGCUCCCGCAUGGACGGGAUAUCGAGAGUGAUGCCAUGCCCGAUGUUGUCAAGCAGUACACCGUCAACGCCCGCUUCGCCAAGGAGCGGUCGGGUCAUGAAGCGACGGAUGAGGAGAUGCGGGCAUUUGAGAAGCAGUGUGUCCAGGAGGCCCAGAUCAUAUGCUGCACCUGUAACAGCGCCGGUUUGGCCAGUUUGAGAGGCAUUCCAUUUCCGUAUGUACUGAUCGAUGAAGCAGCACAGGCAAUGGAACCUGAAUGUCUGAUCCCCAUCACGAAAGCCUGCGAAAAGCUGAUUCUGAUCGGGGAUCCAUCACAACUGGGCGCCGUCGUGCGAUUUCCCAACAUGCAGAGAUCACAGCUGACCAUGUCGUUGUUUCAACGCUUGUGGGAACAGUGUCCGUCGAUUAUGCUGACCACCCAGUACCGAAUGCAUCCUAAUAUUUCCGAGAUGGUAUCGCAGAUAACGUAUGACAACAAGCUAGUGAACGAUCAGUCCGUUUAUAAUCGGCCACCGCCGACAUCUUUCUCAGAACAACUGUUCGAAAGCGCUCCUCCACCAUCCCAGUCUGGCGCAUGCAAAAAGAAAUCCGUUCCGAUUUUAUUUGUGGAUGCGGGCUACAACGACGAGAUAUCGGCCAGCGGAACGUCAUUCGUUAACAUGAUUGAAUCGCAUUUUAUUGCCCGAUUGGUGGCAAAUAUUCUUCAUAACGGCGACGUAUUUAGUGACCCCGCAAAAAAGCCAAAACCAGAGGACAUUGGCAUUAUCACCUUCUACAACGGGCAGCGUCCACAGCUGGAGAUUGACUUGAAAGUCCAUCCACGCGUUACUGCGAGUUGCCUUGGCUCUGGUAAAAUCGAGAUCAACAGUGUGGAUGGCUUUCAAGGCCGAGAAAAGGAGAUUAUCAUACUGUCGUGCGUUCGUUCUGCCGACACCUUCUGCGGUAGAAGCACACUGGGUUUUACCGAUGAUCGGCAACGGUUGAAUGUGGCAAUGUCACGAGCGAAAACCGCUCUGUUUGUCGUGGGUAGUCGGCGAAUCUUCCAGCACUCUGCAGUAUGGCGGCAAUAUUUUGAAUACAUUCCUCAAAAAUCGCUGGAAGCUGUGUGUCACGCGCUACCGGAGCCGUGCAGCACCAAACCACAACCCUGUAAAGUUUGUCGAUCCCGUCGUCCUGUUGUGGUCGAGGCAGUGGAGCAAUAGCGUACGCGAAACACUGGUUUUGAGUCUUGUUUUCAAUCUUCCAAAGUUUGUAGAAAUUAAAAAUGAUUUUUUUAGUAAGCAAAUUCCUUAUAGCGGGUGGUUUUAUGGUGUCAGUGCACACUGCUGUCAUGUUGGGGUUCAUGAUUUUUUGUGUAUACGAUUCCCCAUAGGUCUGUUUGCCUUGUUGCUUGUAGAUAACGCUGAUUGUUCAGCACAUAUACAGAAAUAUUGUGUAUGAAUUAGUUUUACAGUGAAAAUAACACAGGUAUCCGUGCAAUGGAGUUCGAUAGCGAAACAAUAAU